AUGCGCGUAGGUUUUUUGCCGAUGAACGUGAAUAUCUAACAUCUGACAAUAUGGCUAAGAAACAAAACACACCAUGAACCGUAAAAUGUGACGUUGAAAAAUUGGCAAUUCGUCUUUAGAGAGAUGUUAUUUUUAUGUAGUACCCAGUCCUUUUCUUGGUCAACGCGUAUUUUUGCACUGCAUUGUGGGUAAGGAGGCGUUGCAGCGUGGGCUCGCUGCUUGUCAACUAAAUAUCGAACGAACUUGAAAUUUACUAUUCAAAAUUUCACGAAGUAACGUCAAUUCUGCAAGCUUUAUCUACCGAACCGACGCUUCGAUUGCCGUAUAAACACUUGGGAAAGAAAGAUGGAUUAGUUCUUUACACGAGAACUGCAUUUACUUUGCAAGUGGACGCUUUGGAAAGCCAAGGUAUUUAUGUAAACUUUCAAAGCAGCUUCGCAACUAUUUCGAGUUCAACUGCACUGUGGCUAUUGGCCAAGCGAACUCCUGCCGUUUUGAACCUAAUACGUGGUUUGUCUUUCAUCUGGCAAACUUGUGUUAGUUUCAAGACUUAGUACAGCCGCUAUACGGCAAAUAUAGAGCCUGAUAUUGCCCGUUUGUUGAUAUUUUGCUUCAGAAAACUGGCAGUAAACCAACCGGCUUACUUGGUUUUUCGAAGCGAUGCUUCCUUCCGCCAAAAUUUGGCCAAAUUUGUAACUUGUACAUUUCAUAACAAAUAGCCCUCUUCCAAACCCCAUUUUCCAAACUACACAUUUUUGUUUCACGUAGUGGAAAACCCUAGUUCUAAAAAUCUAAAAAUGAAACUAAAAUGAAAUAGCGUGGCUAGGAUUUGCUCUUUUGCUUUUGAGUUGCGAAUGUUUGUUGCUCACUUCCGUGUGAAGCUAUUUUGGAAGAGAUUUAAUUUUGAGGUGGCUUGAAAACGGGCAUUUUAAUAGCUCCAGGACUUUGUAGUUAAUUAACAAAUUAAACGAGUUCAAAGUCCUUUGUUUUUACUACAUUUUGACGUGUACAUGUACAUUGUUAUUGAUGUUUAUACGAACUUAUUACAAGCUGUAAGUAAGUAUACUAUAGCACAAGAAAUAUCACACUUUUGCGUGCGUAAUUAUCAAUGGGGUAAUAAAUUUACCAUAUGAUAUUAUAUUAUUAAAAAUGUAGCAAAUUAAUCAUUAGCUAGGGUUAUUGUAAAAUGUCUUGUGUUUUAUUGUAUUUUGGUGUCAAAUAUAUGCAACAUCCAUCCCCUUUGUUUAUGCUGUUUGGAAAUGUUUAUUCUUCUGUUCUUUUGCAAUCUACCAUGAUUUUGGAUUGCCUUUUCUGGCAUAAAUUUAGGCAUGACCAACAUCUGUUGUUAUUUUAUUGAAAUGAAUGUGGUAAAACCAUAUUGGUGGACUGACGUUAAAAAUUCCAAUUCCUAAACUUAUUUUACGUACAAUUUCGAUGUUUACAUGUGUAUUAUAUUUUAAAUCUUUUGGUUGUUUACAUGAGCGCAAAAGGAAGUGCGUCCAAAUGCAUCGUUAUACACCAAGGGCCGGUUGUUCAAAAUAACCUUGGAUUAAAAUUUAUAUUUAAUAGCCUGCCAAUGGAUGAUUUCAACAAUAGACUAAAUUUUGAUCUAAACAAGAAGAAAAAAAUCCUUCAGCACAGCUAGAAAGAGCAUGUUAAAAUUAGUAAAAUUGCAAAGUUUGGUUGGUAAAUGUUGUAAAAUGAGGAAAAUAUAGCCCUGCGAAAUUUGCAAAUUUUGUAUUUAACAAAUAUAAAACAUUUUCCGUGUUGAUAUACAGUUAUAUCAACACGAGUGGAAAUUGGGAAAACGAGAAAUUGUGUGGAAACACGACGCCCGAAGGGCGGAGUGUUUUCAUACAAUUUCGAGUUUUCCCAACUUCCACGAGUGUUGAUAUAACUAUAUAUCAAUACGGAAAAAAUGUUUUAUAUUUGUUUUAUAAUAUAGCAAUGUCAAAAGCCCGCAGAAUAAGAAAAAUUUCCGUGUUUACAAGCGGCGGAAAAUUUCCCGUGUUGACAUGGAGUUAUAUCAACACAGCUCUUAGCCAAUCAGCGUUCGGAAUUUACAAAUGCUAUAUUAUAAUAAUUUGUAUUACACACGAGAAUUUGCACCACUUUCGACCCAAACGUGGCAUAUUUUCCAGUGCGUAAUACAAAUUAAUAGAAAAUUUGCAAAUUUCACAGGGCUAUAUUUUACAACAUUUUGCGGCCAAACUUUGCAAUUUACUAAUUUUCACAUGUGCUUUCUAGCUGUGGUGAUGGAUUUUGUUCUUUUGCCUUGACCAAAAUUUAGUCUAUAACUGGAAUUGCCCAUUUAGUCUGUGUAUUGGUUGUCUAUUUGAAAACUUUAGAAACUAGAAAGUCUAUUCACCCUGAAAAGAUUACUGGAAAUAUAUUUUCAUGUUAAUAAACGAGAUUGAUUUGAAAUUUUUCGUUACCCUAGGGUUAAACUAACCGGUUUUCAAACAACUGGUUUUAGAUGGUCUGUCCAGUGUCCAUCUAUCUUGUUAACCAUUGUGUGGCAAUGAGUCGUACUUCCCCCACAAAGAAAAUUGGAUGUAAACCCCUACCCCCUUCAGGUGUCCUAAAACACUAAUCAGAAAUGAUUUUUUCUCUCACCCUCUGGAUGACAGAAAUUUCCUCUAUGAAAGCAUUUGGGGGAGCAUGGAUCUUUUCUUGAAUGACCCUAUUUAUAUUUCCACUCUAUCUAAUGCUCAAUUUAUGAUAAAUGUGUUGUAAGCAUACAAUGAAACAAAGGUAACCAAGCAUCCACAUGUGUUAGUGAAAUGAGUGGCAUUAAUACAUGUUUGCCAAUGUUUAGGUAUAUUAUUCUUUGUUUGUUGUGGGAUUUGUUUAGGAAAAUAUGGGUAAUUUGCUGAGAAUUUUAUAUGCCAAGGAUACAGACACCAAUAAGUCGGAUAUCUUCCUUGACUUUGAGAGUAAGUUUUGUUUAUAAAAUUGUAUUAUAUUAAUUUAAUUUAACAAAUUUUAUUCGGAUCGAUAUUCACAAUUUUUAACAAACAAAAGAAUAUAACAGAACAAAUAUUACAUUAAGUUAAAAUAACCUAGAUAUCAAAUGUAGAUCAUGUUAUUGAUAUCAAAUGUUAUUGUAGAAAUGUCGGUGGUACACUACAGUAAUUAGUGGCUUUCUCCCGGGGGGCUUGACAAAUUAAGGAUGGCAACAUGAUAAUGACGCUUAAUAAUACUACAAGGCCAUUUAUACUGGCAAAAAUAAGCAGCGGCUUAAAUAAGUUGUGAACAACUGAUAUGAGCAAUCAAUUUGUGGCUUAUUUCUAUGGCCUAGCUUUCAACUAUGGGCUUAUUUUAGCAGUGGCUUGUGAACAAAUUGAUUGUUUAUAGCAGUCGCUCACAACUUAUUUAAGCUGCAGCUUAGUUAGGCUAGGGCCUACUUUUGCUCAUAUAAGUUGCCCUACUGUAGCUAAUGAGAUUCAUUAUAUGAAAUGAGAUUCAUUAUAUUGAUUCACUAUUCAGCUCAUAGUAACUUCCUCAAACUUUAUCGAUUUGAAUUUAUUUCAUAUAAUUCUUAAUAAAUAACAUGUUUCCUUUACAAUCACUUAUUUUGCUGGAGUUUAUUUUAGCCAUCUUUAUCAUGUUUCCAUCCCGUACUCAUUAAGCCCCUACUUGGACUCAAUUCCUGCAAUAUACAGUAGUUUUCUGACUAUAAUUUUGCCAUAAUUGCAUGAGAGAAGAGCACUUCCAUUAAUUUGUGCCAUGUUCAUGCUUUGCUAGAUGCCCAACCAACGUCAUCAGAAUCAGAAAUCUAUGAAGUUGUAAAAGCCGUCCUAGAUCUGUCCCUGCAAAUUCUUGAAGAUCUUCAGGAUUAUCAAGGGGCUAACGAGCAGAUUAGAGGUGUAAGUUAUUUAAUUAAGAGAAAAUUCACUUUGGGAUGCAUUUCUUGUGCAAACAUGGACUUGCAAUAAGAAUUUAUAAUCCACAUGGCUUUGUUUUUCCGAAUCACAGGCAAUAUCAAAUCCAUCAAAUGAAGAACUACAAGAUGUUGCCUGGAAAGCAGUUAUGCCUUUGGUUGGACAGUUAAAGAAAUUUUAUGAAUAUGCCACAGAGUUAGGUAAGGGUUGGGUUCUCAUGACCUCUGAUAGACACAAUUACCUGUCUUGCUUCCCUUGACUUCUCUGCAAAAUGAAGUUUGGCUGUGCAUUUCAUUAGGUGUCCACAUAUCAUCUCGGCCUUGCUUUGCUUGCCUUGCCAGCAAUGUCUAUCACCCCACAUCUUCCUUUCGUUUCUUCAUUUCAUGUCUCCGACUAGCUUCUCCAUCUCUUCUUAUGUGUCUACGUAUGUACCAUCUCAGUGUCUACUGCCCCACCCCACAUCUUCCUGUGAUCUCUUCAUUUCAUGCCUUUGGCUUCAUCUCUUAUGUGUCCAUAUAUCAUCUUGCUUUUCUUACCUAGCUUGCCUGCAUUGUCUACCACCCCCACAUCUUCCUGUGGUCUCUUCAUUUUAUAAUGUGUUUGGCUGGCUCUCCAUCUCUUCUUAUGUGUCCAUGUAUCACCUCAGCCUUAUUCCCUCACCUUCUCUGCAUUCAUCACCCCCCACAUGAUUCCUCAUCUUGUAAAACUCCCAGGAUCAUUUUCAUAUCUUUCUGACACUGUACUGUGUUUGAUAUUUAUUUCAGAGGCUGUAUUACCACAAUUACUGAAUGCACUGUGCUCUGGAAACCUUACACCAGUUGAACAUUUGGAACAACAACAGGUUUCUAUAAAACUAAUGUUACUACAUGCACAUGUGGAAAUAUAUUGCUCUAGUGAGAAGCAUAGGUUAAUGUAUUCUUGUAAUAAACUAAAUAUUGCAUAAUGUUUCUUUUAGGCACUUGCCAAACAGUUUGCAGAUAUUUUACACUUUACACUGAAAUUUGACGACUUAAAGGUGGAUAUCUCUUCUACAUCACUGUUUCCUUUAAUAUUAGGGGUCAAUCCUUUCUAUGUAACUCAGUUUCUUGUGUCAUUCUCCAGAAGUUGGUAUCUUCCAUAAUCUGCACCAUAUCCUUUGACUUCUUUUUUCCUACAAGUUCCUUCUACUCCCAUUACUGAAAGGAAAUAAUUUUCCUUGUGAGAGCACAACUUGGACAUAAACAUUUCCGGCAGACAAAUUGAGUAUUUUUGUGCUAAGUCUGUGUGUAACAUACAGUAGUGCCCUAGUUUUAUAUGGAGAGAUAUCUGUCAAGUUGUUGGGACAAUGGUUGAACAUGCAUGUCAGGGUUUCCUUCAAAUCUUCAACCUAACAAAUACAGCUGUUUAAAAUUUCUUAGAAGUGAUACUCUCAUUCUCAAAUAUUUUCCCACCGUCAUCUACCCUAUUUCUUAGCUUAUUUUCUAUCAUCUAUUUUAAUCAAGUAUCAUCACUAUUCCUCGUUUUCAACGUAUGGUACGUUUUCAUCAUAAACCAAAAUUUCCUCGCUUCUGUCUUACACUAAGAUUCUGAUUUGAAUUUGAUAGAUGACAAACCCAUCGAUUCAGAAUGACUUUAGCUAUUAUAGAAGAACCCUUAGCAGAAGGAAACUAUCAAAUUGUGUAAGUUGGAACAACUGUUUUGAAAUAACAUCUGAAACCAUG